CUCUACGACAAUUUCAUCAGUGACUUUGAACACAGAAUCAACCCGCUGUCCCUCAUGGAGAUCAUUCUGUACGUCGCCAGACAGAUGCAAGAUCCGAAAGAUGCCAUCACCUUCCUGGAGAAGACCAGGGAAAAGGUGAAAAGCAACGACGAGGCCAUCAUUCUCUGCAAGACGUCUAUCGGCAGUCUGAAACUGGAGAUCAACGAUCUUCCUGCCACGAAGAAACUCAUCGAGGAGGUCGAGGAGAUGUUGAAUAACUUGCCCGGGGUGACGUCGGUCCACGGCCGCUUCUACGACCUCUCGAGCAAAUACUACCGCAUCAUCGGGAACCACGCCUCCUACUACAAGGACGCCCUGCGCUACCUCGGAUGUGUGGACAUUAAAGACCUUCCAGAGACGGAGAAGCAGGAGAGGGCGUUCACACUGGGACUGGCGGGACUCCUGGGAGAAGGAGUUUACAACUUCGGAGAGCUGCUGAUGCAUCCUGUGCUGGAGACCCUGAGGAACACGGACAAACAGUGGCUCAUUGAUACACUAUACGCCUUCAAUGGAGGCAAUGUGGAGAAGUUCCAGGGCUUCAAGUCUGCCUGGGGCCAACAGCCUGAUCUUGCCACACAUGAAGCUAAACUGAUGCAGAAGAUCCAGCUGCUGUGCGUGAUGGAGAUGACUUUCACUCGUCCUGCGAACCACAGACAGCUCACCUUCACCGAGAUCGCUCAGAGUGCCAAGAUCCCCGUUAACGAGGUGGAGCUGCUGGUGAUGAAGGCUCUGUCCGUGGGUCUGAUCAAAGGGAACAUUGAUGAGGUGGACCAGAAGGUGCAGAUGACCUGGGUGCAGCCCAGAGUGCUGGACCUGCAGCAGAUCAAAGGUAUGAAGGAGCGUUUGGACUUCUGGUGCGGCGACGUGAAGAACAUGGCGAUGCUGGUGGAGCAGCAGGCCCACGACAUCCUCACCUAAAGCUCUCGGCCCCGCAGAGGGAAACCACCUCUUCACAACCGUUUUGUAUUUGUUUCUCUUUCUAUCGGAUGUUCUCUCUUCUGUUGCCGUCACUGUUUAUUACCAACUUGUAAAUUACGCUGUGGUAUUUUACAAAUAAACAAGUUGGUUGUAACAUUAUUAUCCUCAACGUAUGGACCGAAAACAUUCUCUGAAAUAUGAAUAAAAAUGGAAAAAGCCUAA